UUCAUGGUUUCAAGUAGAUAUGAGACCUUUUAAACAAGCGUUAUUAAACACUGUAUGCAAAUGGAGUCAUAUGUUUAAACAACAUUUAAUGGAUACGGUUACAAAUAGUCUAUUUGAUUUGGCCAAGUUCAUACAAGACGCGGAUGGAGGUUUAAUGCAACCUGUAAUAGAGGGAGAUUAUGAGGUUCUCGUUAGUGUUAUGGGCUAUUUGUACAAUGUAAAAGAAAGACAAUCUACAACAGACGAAAUGUUCCAACCCCUCACAGAUACAAUACAAUUGUUGAAAUAUUAUGACAUGGAACUAUCGGAAGAAGUUAACGUUCUAUUACAGGUUUCAAAUUAA